GACAGGAAUGACUGCCACGGGCCGCUCCUCUCCCUCCACUGAGGGGGCGCGGGGACAGGUGCUGGGCCAGGCUCUGCUGGAGUCUGAGAGUGGCCCUUUGUCCCUGGGGAGGGCUGCCUGCAAGCAGAGGGAGGGAGGACCCCGGCUCGGGUGUGAUCCGCGUGAGGCGCAGGGCACUUUCAUUUGGGCUCUGCACAAACCUGGACAGUGUGGGACAAGACCUGCCACGGAUCCCAUGCCCCACGUAAAGACAGAGAAUGAUGACAGCCUGGAGAACAAAGGCAGGAGAUGGAGGCUGAAUCCUGGCGCUCGUGUGCAUCGUGCCACACGCCCAACUCCAGCGAGUCCCAUGUGCGGUGCUCCUCAAGGCGGGGUCUGGUGUCUGCUGAGUGUGUCGCACAUUGUCUCUGAUGCCCCAGCUGUUACCGGAAGUCCGUGGUCCUCUGAGAGAGGUGUCAGCUGGGUAACCGCCGAGAGCAAACGCUGCCCUCCCAUCCAGAGGAGCUGCUGCGGGGACAGGGUAUGUCUGUGGAGGGAGUGUGGGUCACAUGCCUGUGGGGGAUUUGACAACAGCACAGCUUAUUCAGGAUCAGACGGGGAAAUCCAGGCCUUGGGUCUCAGCGAGCAUGUGACCAACCCCUGGUUGACCCAUGGAGAAGGAUGGCCUUCUCAUGUGGCAUCUGGCAGCCAGGCCAGCCCUGAGCCGAGGCAGGAGGAGCCGAAGGGGCCCAAAGGCCCUGUUGACCAGAAUGUUCUCAUCUAA